AUGGGCAAUGGUGGCCCGACGGGAGGUGUAAGAAGGGUUGAUUGUAUCCGCUUCCGCAUCGGGGGCGACGGCUACGAAAGCCCCAUUGAUGAAGACGAUGAAGACGCCGAUGGCAUGCAUGAGAGUAGUGCGGUCAAGGAAACGUUCGAUGUGUCUUUUGCUGUAUCCUUUGGGUCGUUGUCUGGCGAGUGGGUCGCGAAAGGCCUCGAAGCCAUCGCAGAUGACAUCAACACCGAACGCAAUCCUGCAAGCGGCAGUAGAACGUCUGAGCUGGAGCGACAGGAACACAGCCAGAUCACAUCCACUGCAUGGAAGUCCAAAUUUGUAGAGGCACAGAGGAAGCUGUGGGAGACUCAAGAAGAGGUGAAAAGCUUGAAAGACAAGAUCCUUGAAGCUAUAUUGUAA